AUGAUCACUAAAAUUGCUGAAGCUUACUUUAAAAUACUAAAAAAAGAACAAAAUACUACUCCAGCUGCAAAAACUUUAAAUGAUCAAUCUGCCUUGAAUAAAAUUCCUAAAAAUCAAUUAAAUCAUCCUAAAAUUAAAAUUAAAAAGUUAUUUUCUUUUGAAGCAACAUUUCUGAAAGUAUCUAAUUCUGAAGAAAUUGCAAUGUCUGGCUUAUCUGAUAAACUAGAUAUAUCUUAA